AUGGAUCAAAAGGGCAAAUCUGACAACUUCCCCGCCGGCCUGCGGGGGCGCUGUUUGCGGCUCCCAUCUUCCCUCGGAGGCGCAGCGUGCGGUCGUUGAGUGACGCGCGUGCGUUUGGCGCGCGCGGCGGCCCGUAGUGUGGAGCCUGCUGGCUGGAGGGGUGGCAGGAUGGCGGGCGCGGGGCUGGUGGCGCAGGGCCUGAAGGAGGCGCUGGUGGAGACGCUGACCGGCAUCCUGUGCCCGGUGCAGGGCGUGCGUGCGGCCGCAGAGGAGCAGGUGAAGGUGCUGGAGGUGACCGAGGAAUUUGGCGUUCAUUUAGCAGAACUGACUGUAGAUCCCCAGGGAGUAUUGGCCAUUCGUCAGUUAGCAUCUGUAAUUUUGAAACAAUAUGUGGAGACUCACUGGUGUUCCCAGUCAGACAAGUUUAGGCAUCCAGAGACCACAGAAAGGGCAAAAGUUGCCAUAAGGGCGCUGUUACCCAAUGGACUGAGAGAAUCUAUUAGUAAAGUGCGAUCAAGUGUUGCCUAUGCAGUUUCAGCCAUAGCCCACUGGGACUGGCCUGAGGCUUGGCCCCAGCUUUUCAACUUGUUGAUGGAGAUGCUGGUUAGUGGUGAUCUGAAUGCAGUGCAUGGAGCCAUGAGAGUACUUACAGAGUUUACCCGCGAAGUGACAGACACACAGAUGCCACUUGUCGCUCCUGUUAUUCUUCCUGAGAUGUACAAAAUUUUCACAAUGGCGGAGGUGUAUGGUAUUCGCACGAGGUCACGUGCAGUAGAGAUCUUCACCACAUGUGCCCAUAUGAUCUGUAACAUGGAGGAGUUGGAGAAGGGUGCAGCCAAAGUCCUGAUCUUUCCUGUAGUGCAGCAGUUCACAGAGGCCUUUGUUCAGGCCCUACAGAUGCCUGAUGGCCCUACAUCUGACAGUGGAUUUAAGAUGGAGGUCUUAAAGGCCGUGACAGCCCUAGUGAAGAACUAUCCUAAACACAUGGUUUCCUCCAUGCAGCAGAUCCUGCCAAUUGUUUGGAAUACACUUACAGAAAGUGCAGCCUUCUAUGUGAGAACAGAAGUGAAUUAUACAGAAGAGGUAGAGGACCCUGUGGAUUCUGAUGGUGAAGUGUUGGGCUUUGAAAACCUAGUGUUCAGCAUAUUUGAGUUUGUACAUGCCUUGUUGGACAAUCACAAAUUUAAAAGCACAGUGAAGAAAGCUUUGCCAGAGCUGAUCUAUUACAUCAUUCUCUACAUGCAGAUCACAGAGGAGCAGAUAAAAGUCUGGACUGCAAAUCCACAGCAAUUUGUGGAGGAUGAAGAUGACGACACUUUUUCUUAUACAGUAAGGAUUGCUGCACAAGACUUGUUGCUGGCUGUUGCUGCUGAUUUCCAGAAUGAGAGUGCAACUGCUUUGGCUGCAGCAGCUACGAGACACUUGCAGGAAGCUGAACAAGCUAAAAACAGUGGUGCUGAGCAUUGGUGGAAAAUACAUGAAGCCUGUAUGUUGGCGCUGGGCUCUGUGAAAUCUGUUAUUACGGACAGUGUGAAGAACGGUAGAAUUCAGUUCGAUAUGCAUGGAUUCCUGACAAAUGUUGUUCUUGCAGAUCUCAACCUGUCAGUGUCUCCUUUUCUGCUUGGUCGUGCUCUUUGGGCUGCCAGUCGCUUCACAGUUGCUAUGUCUCCAGAAUUAAUCCAGCAGUUUCUCCAGGCCACAGUCAGUGGUCUACAUGAGACCCAACCUCCUUCAGUCCGGAUCUCUGCAGUCAGAGCUAUCUGGGGUUACUGUGACCAGCUGAAGAUCUCUGAAAGCACCCAUGUAUUGCAGCCUUUCCUUCCCAGUAUCCUGGAUGGACUGAUCCACUUGGCAGCUCAGUUCAGUUCAGAGGUCCUCAAUCUUGUGAUGGAAACACUCUGCAUUGUCUGUACAGUAGACCCAGCAUUUACAGCAAAUGUGGAGAACAAAAUCUGCCCCUUCACCAUAGCAAUUUUCCUCAAGUACAGUAAUGAUCCUGUUGUUGCCUCUCUCGCACAAGAUAUCUUUAAGGAGCUAGCACAAAUAGAAGCCUGCCAGGGUCCAAUGCAGAUGAGACUAAUCCCAACUCUCGUCAGCAUCAUGCAGGCUCCUGCUGAUAAGAUUCCAGCAGGGCUUUGUGCAACUUCUAUUGAUAUAUUAACCACUGUUGUGAGGAAUACGAAACCUCCGCUUUCCCAGCUCUUGAUCUGCCAAGCAUUCCCUGCAGUGGCUCAGUGCAGCCUGCACACGGAUGACAAUGCUACCAUGCAGAAUGGUGGUGAGUGUCUGCGUGCGUACGUCUCAGUAGCACUAGAACAGAUUGCACAAUGGCAUGAUGAGCAAGGCCACAAUGGGCUGUGGUAUGUCAUGCAGGUGGUGAGCCAACUCCUGGAUCCCCGGACCUCAGAGUUCACAGCUGCUUUUGUGGGCAGACUAGUCUCCACACUGAUUUCCAAAGCAGGAAGUGAGCUGGGAGAGAACCUGGACCAGAUUUUGAGAGCAAUCCUUAGCAAAAUGCAACAAGCAGAGACGCUCAGUGUAAUGCAGGUGAGCAGGCUGGGAGGCCCACUGAAAGCAGUGGUUCGAAGUCCCUCCCCGGAGGUGUCAGAGGUCAAGGCACCUUCCCGGGUCGAGGUGCCGAGUAGAGCCCCGCGAUGGACGUCGACUCCACGUCCCAGCUCUUCAGUGAGCGGAUCUCCUCCAGUCUCGGACACCGUCAAGGAGGUGACAAGAGACGACACCGUUCCUCCUCCAGCCAGUCCGAGAGGAACAGGUCUCGACGCCAUACUCAAAACACCCGCCAUUACAGAGGCCAUGCUCAGACCAAGACCUCGCUUCGUGGUGGGAGCCUCUCAAGGCUGCCCUGCGUCACCUCCCCGGCACCGGGAUCAGACCAUGGGCACCAAACCCCCAGCACCGACUCCGGCACCGGACCCAGACGUCGAGCCCACGAUGCCAUCGGUGGCUGAAGACACCAUACCAUCCACCUCUUUGGCACCAGGUGAUUCAGUUGCGGUACCGCCUCCCUCUUCCCAAGAGGAUUUCAAGGCACAUCAGGAGCUGCUUAGGAGGGUGGCUGCAAAUCUCGAGCUCCGGGCUGAGGAGAUGGAGAAGCCCUCCGAUAACCUCUUCAAUGUCCUCGCUUCCUCGGUACUGGCGCGUGUGGCGCUCCCAUUCCAUCAGGGAGUAACCAACAUCACCGCUGGCCUCUGGCAGAUCCUGGCCUCCCUUGCGUCAAUUUCCAAAAAGGCCCAGAGGAAGUACUUCGUCCCCACAAAGUUUGAGCCCCUUCUUUGGGACAAGGAUGGAAAGGAGUUUCGGGCCUUGAUCGACGAGGGUGUAGCCACGGCCAAAGCAGCUCUCCAGGCGGCUUCAGAUGCAGUGAACACAACCGCUCAUACAAUGGCUUCCGCAGUCUCCAUGCGACAGGCGUCGUGGCUCUCUCUCUUGGGUUUAUCGAUCGAGUCCCAGUCUAUAAUGCAGGACCUGACAUUUGAUGGCAAGGCCCUGUUUGCAGAACAGACAAACACUCGUCUGCACGGGAUGAAGGACUCCUGCACCACCCUUCAGACGCUAGGCUUCAAACCUCUGCUCCUCUUGUUCGGGAAGGAUACAAACGCCCGCCUAAGCGGCAGAGGGAACAAAGGCCUGGCCGGGGUCCCAGAGUAUGCCGUCCUCCUCUGUCAGGAGGUGGAGUGCCUCUUCUCCCUGGGAGUGGUGGAAAGGGUACCUCUGGAAUACCAAGGCAGGGGUUUUUACUCCAGCUCUGUAGCGUUGUGUAAACUCCUCCAGUAUGGUAUCAACAGUGAUGACAAGCGCUUACAGGACAUUAGGGUGAAGGGUGAAGAAAUAUUCAAUAUGGACGAGGGAAUACGCACACGAUCCAAAUCAGCCAAAAAUCCCGAACGCUGGACAAACAUUCCGUUGUUAGUAAAAAUCUUAAAAUUAAUAAUAAAUGAACUUUCUAACGCAAUGGAAGCAAAUGCAUCUCGCCAGACAGCUGCAGACUGGAGUCAAGAUGACUCCAAUGAUAUGUGGGAAGAUCGGGAAGAUGAAGAGGAUGAAGAUGAAGGUUUAGCUGGACAACUUUUAUCAGAUAUUCUUGCCACAAACAAAUAUGAUGAGGAUUACUAUGAUGAUGAUGAAGAAGAUGAUCCAGAUGCAUUAAAGGACCCCCUUUAUCAAAUAGAUCUACAGGCCUAUCUCACUGAUUUCCUGUGUCAGUUUGCACAGCAGCCUUGCUAUGCAAUGUUCUCAGACCAUCUCAAUGAGAACGAGAGAAGAGUGCUUGAGGCCAUUGGCAUUUGAACCGUGCAGAGACCAUAUUGAUCAUAUCGGGACUAUAUUUUUCUGGCUUAUUCCAUGUUUUGUGAUUAAACAUGAAACUUUUUCCAGUGUUCGCCUGUUGUUACAGAUGUGAUCUUCCUCAUCACAAAGUAUUGAGCCUUGUCUUAUCAUGACUCUGUUAAGGGAAGGAUUAUUGAGAAAGCUCUGAAGACUGAGCUUUGCACUCUGGUCUCACCAAGGGAACACUUCCGUUUUUCACAAAAAAAACUUUCCAGGAGGUCCUUAAAAUGUGUCCUUAAAUAUUUUUAAAAAUAAACUUUAUAUUUUGCCUCUGAAGAGGCACGUAACUGAGUUUCACAAACACAGUUGGACAGAACGAGAAAGGAAUCAGGUCUUUUGUAGGUUGCUUGGAUGUAUUUUGAGACUUUGGAAGUUUUGUCCCUCUUCGCACUUGCAUAACACAUACAGGGUAAAUAUCUUCAUCUUACCAUGUGACUUUUUUAUAGAACUGUAGACACUUUUAUCAAAGAGAUGCCUAAAUGGUAUGGAAUCUGUUUACAAGAGUUUGGAUGGGAAGCUGAAAUAAUAAAAUUAAAUGAACA